GUAGCGGGAAUUUUUGACGUGGGGAAUAAAAAUUUUUCCCAAGAUCUCUGUUUUCUUCCGUCGUUUUGUUCAGUAAAACUGUAAAUUGUGUAAAAAAUACGCAUCCAAGGAGCUCCAGGGGUUAGUGGAGAGCCUCUUCUGCCGGAAGGUAGUGGAAUAAUUCGCGGAGAUCACGUGCAAAACACCUGGGAUGCUUCCCUCGACGGGAUUAUUCAAGUCAAUCAAUUGCCCUUUCUUCAGUGCCACUGACUCAUGCUCCCGGCCUUUCUGCCACUUUAAGCACGUCCGGAAAGAUGACAACAAAGCUACACCUCCGGUGUAUACGCCGUCCCAGAAGAAGGAAGCACCGGGUGUAGAGGAGCAGGAACCGGUGCCAAAGAAGGCAAAGCUGGAGUAUGUGCCGCAUAGCAUUAGCACGAAAGCCGUGAUGAAUGAUCAUCCGGCGCCGAGCUAUAUUCCCUCAGUUUCCGUCCUCAAAAAGACAAAUCCCGCAGAAAUAUCCUUGGAGGAGAUUGACGAGGAGCUCAAUCUCAUCUCGGACAUUCUGCAGGAUGUGGAGUCCAAUGGGGAUGUGCAGCAGGAACAUGUGGUCACGUAUAAACCAUCAAAGAUUGUCGAAGUGAACGCCGCGACAAAGUGUAGUGAGAAGGAGAACAUCGAGAAGACGCAGGAGAAGGAGAAAGUCGUGAAGGAAGCAAAGGAGAAGCCAGUAGAGGAUGUGGAGAAGAAGGAAAAGCCUCCGGAGGAGAAGAAACACAAAUCAUCCCGCUCCAACAGCCAUCGAUCGCAUUCAUCGUCAAAAUCCAAACAUCACAGCUCCUCCAAAAGCUCCUCGAAGAGCUCAUCGAGCAGCCACAAAAGUUCCUCAAAAUCCCGCGAGUCUGACCACAAGAGCAGUCACCGUAGCUCCUCAAAGCACCGACACUCCUCAAGUAGCUCCUCCAAGUCCUCCAAGACGUCCAGUGCGAGCAAAAAAUCCGAAAAGACUUCCUCAUCGAAAUCCGAGAAGUCUUCAUCAUCGAAAAAUACUCAAUCUGAAUCUGCGCGUCUGCAGGAAUUUGAUCUUCUUGCCGCCCUCGAGGCUGAGAGUAGCGAUGAGGAUGACAUUGAAGCUCAGUGCAAGAUGAUAUUUGAGGAGUUUACGGCUCAGGAAUCGACUGAGGGGCGAACAAGUGACAAACCUCCGCUGCUUGAGAAGAAACCCGAACCGGAAGCCCCGGAAUUGCAUGAGGAGCAUGCAAAGAAGAAGCGUAUUGCCCAUGAGAAUGCUCAGAAGCGCCCCUCGCUACUUCCAGCGCCUCCAAAGCGUGUUAAUCACAUUCAAACAGCUUUGCAUAGUGUCUACCAGCGGCAGGAGCUUGUCCGGAAGCAAUUGGAGGUAACCAAGGAGCAGGAAAAGGUGGAAGCUCCACUGAAAUCUCCACCAUUGUCUCCGGGAAAUCCUGCAAACUUUGCACGGCGCAUAGCCCCCGUGUCAAACACUGUAGCCCUCAUUAAUGCAAAGAAGCGCAUUGAGGAGUUGAGGCAGCAACGUACAGUGGCUCAGACAGCUUCAAAAGCUGGCAAAAGGAUUGCCCACGCGAAUCCAGCUCUCUUGACGGAGAAACCAGCUCCCCCCGUGUUGGAACCAACAGCCACGAAGAUCUCCUACAACCUCCGGAUGCAGUACUACAAUAUUAUGGUGAAGCAUUGCGUGCAAAUCUAUCCAAAUUGCGAAGAUGGGUGGCAGAGGGCACAAACGGAGGAAUUGGCGGUGUUUAAGAAGUGCAGUAAUCCAAUGAUUUACAAAAGUAGUGCCUCUCUCGUUGUUAACAAGCUCCGGAAGGAGUCAAUUGAGGCGGGAAGUAGACAAACAGAGAGGAACAACACUGUGUCUCAUGAUGUGAUUUUGGCAGGGAAAUCAGGUCAAAAGAAUUCCUGGAGCAUCAACAAGACGCGAUCGGAAACAGCAUCAGGCGGGAAUUCCUUUGACACCAUUGCCAGUACGAAGGCCUACAAUUUAGCUGCUGAAUGUGCCUUGACGGAGGAACAAUUGAAGGAGAAUGGCUACCCAAGGGCGGGGAAGUGCAAAGGUCAGGCGACAAUUUGCAAAACAUACCAGAAGCACCAUCUGAGCCCUCCGAAUCCCGAUGAGAGAUUCUGCAGUCGGUGCUCGAAGCUCUUCAACAUUGCGUGCUACGAUCGUCCGGGUGUGGAUGAGUGCAACUACCAUCCAAAGAGUACGGGCUUCCGGCGGGGAUUUGCUGAUAAUCUCCACAGAUGCUGUCAGCAGGCAGCAGGAACGCCGGGAUGCAUGUACGCGAACUACCACGUGAGUGAUCAGGUGGAUUAUGAAAAUCUCACGGGAUUCGUGACGACUAUUUCGAGGGAUGAGAAGUACGUUUGCACCCGGAAGGAUAUCUUCGCUCUUGAUUGUGAGAUGUGCUACACAACGGAAGGGUUGGAGCUCACGCGGGUCACUGUGGUGGACGUAGACAGCAAAGUAGUCUACGAUGCCCUCGUGAAGCCCGACAAUCGCAUCAUUGACUACAAUACUACAUAUUCAGGGAUAACCGAAGCAAUGCUGGCCAAAGAAACACGAACAUUGCGCCAAGUGCAGGCUGUGCUACUCUCAAUGUUCCAUUCACGGACAAUCCUCGUGGGGCAUAGUCUCGAAAGUGAUCUGUCGGCCCUAAAGAUGAUCCACAGCCUCGUUGUGGACACGUCCAUUCUCUAUCCCCACAAAAUGGGACCACCGAAGAAGAGGGCGCUCAAGACGUUGUGCAUUGAGAACCUCAAGAGGAUUAUUCAGGAAAAUGAGAGUGGACACGAUAGUGCGGAAGAUGCUGAAGUCUGCAUUCAGCUGCUGAAGCACUACCUACGAAAUCGGAUAACGUGAAAAGCGGAUUUCAUCGUAUUUUUGUUUCUCCUUGAUUUUCCAUUUUUUUUCCUUGCGAAAGUAAUAACAUUAAAAUUCAUCUGUAUUUAUUUUUCUUACACAUUCGUCCGCACCGAUUUAAUAAUAAAAAAAAUCUCUCGAAA